AUGGCGACCAUUACAGCUAACGAACAUAUUCCGAAAAUCGAUUUAUGUAUAACUGGCCUUGAAAACUCAAAAAAACUAAUUCAUGAUUAUAAUACUGGAAAAUUAAAAAAUGUGGACCCUGAAAGGUUAUGGAAUGCAAAAAAAAUUGUCGAUUCUACUGUUCACCCUGAUACCGGUGAACCAAUAUUUUUACCAUUUCGAAUGUCUUGCUUUGUACCGACUAAUCUUGUUAUAGCCGCCGGUAUGUUGAUACCAAAAAAUCCUAGUAUCGGAAGCAUUAUAUUUUGGCAAUGGGCUAAUCAAAGUGUUAACGUUGCCAUAAAUUAUAGUAAUGCUAAUAAAACUACUAUGAUGAGCAUGAAGGAAACUGCUACUGUGACUACAUCAUGUGGAAUAGCUGUUGGCUUAGCACAAGCUAUACCACGUCUAAAAUUUUUAUCUUCUUCAACUCGUGGAAUUUUAGCUAGGUUGGUACCUUUUGUGGCUGUCACAAGUGCUGGAACUGUUAAUGUUUAUUUAAUGCGAUUAAAAGAGAUUAGAGGUGGGAUUGAUGUUUAUGAUGCUGAUGGGAAUAGUUUGGGUAAAUCGCAAAAAGCUGGUGCAAGCGCCGUUGGACAG